UAACACUAGUACCGUAGUCUGUAAGCAAGUACACAUCAUAAUAUAAUUUUCCUCUGUGAUUCACAACUGCGAGACUAUAAUUAUUAACUGUAAAAAAACUAUAUUUAGGCAACCGAGAUAGUUUAAUUGAAACACUUUAUAAGUUACUUUAAUUUAUUGAUAUGGUGAACUUCUUAGAUAUUAAGUAUGGUUUGUUUUUCAUGACGUUUCUGUUCGUCAACUGGAUUGAAUGUGAAAAAGUGGAAUAUGUUACUUGUGGCUCAGUUGCCAAAUUGUUUAAUUCUGAUCUUAAAGUGAGACUUCAUUCUCACGACGUUAAAUAUGGGGCUGGCAGUGGCCAGCAAUCCGUUACAGGAACAGAGUUAGCCGAAGACAUAAAUUCACAUUGGGAAAUAAAAGCAGCAACCAAAAAAAUUUGCAAAAGAGGUGAGCCAAUAAAAUGUGGGGACAUUAUCAGACUUACACAUUUGACGACAAAAAAAAAUCUUCAUUCCCAUUUAUUCAGUUCUCCUUUAUCUGGCAACCAAGAAGUCUCAGCCUAUGGCAAUAAAGGGGAAGGUGAUUCAGGAGAUCACUGGUUCGUCGAUUGUGGAGGAGAUUUUUGGGAAAGAGAUGAUGACGUACAAUUAAGACAUGUAGACACUGGAGCGUAUUUAAUGGCUUCCAGUUUGUCAUACGGACGACCCAUUAGCGGUCAAAGAGAAAUUGCUGCUGUCAAGAACCCUGGGCCAUUCUCUACACAUUGGCGUGUUAAGGAAGGAAUUUUUAUUCAUACAGACGAACCAGUUGACUUUCAUUCAGAUUUCCACUCCGAGCUGUAAAAUAUCUUUACAGAGUAUUUUUCCUAAUUAUACAUAUAUAUAUAUAUAUAUAUAUAUAUAUAUAUGUAUGUCUGUAUAUUUAUUAGACCAAAAUGGUUAUGACUUGGAUAACCAUUCCUUUUUUUGUGUCGUGUAUGUAUAAGGUUUUUCUUUUAUUUCAAUAAUAAUAAUAAUGGUAAAAUUAUUAGAGAGGGGAAAAUAUUAAGAACUAUUUGUUUAUCAUUUAUAUUUAUUAUCACAUACAAUAUAAUCCUUGUAC